AUGUUGAAUUCACUGCAUAAUGCUAAGUUGAUAUCUCUUGGCGGUCGGGCUGUCUAUAUUCCCACAAUCAAUCCUGUCUUCCUGCUUCAACAACGAUCAGACCGACGAACACCGCGCUACCGAAUUCGACACCAACUCCGCCACACCAACACAAUCACCACCAUCACCACCAUCGCCACCACCGCCAACACCACCGCCGCCACCAUCACCAUCACCAUCACCCCCGCCGCCGCCGCCGUCACGACCCCCACCACCACCAUCACCACUACCGCCGCCGCCGCCGCCGUCACCACCACCACCACCACUACCACCACUACCACCACCACUACUACUACUACCAUCACCACCACUACCAUCAUGUGCCACAUCCUGGAGGAUGUCCUCCUCUGCACCAAGUGCGGCGCCGAGUAUUGGCGCAUGGUGCGCAGCAUGCGCACCUGCAACCCGCUCUGCCUGUUCUUCUCGGACGUCCCCCGAGUCUUGCGGCAGGGGCUUUGCCCCUGCUGCCAGGCGGAGGUGGACGGCGCCGUUGCCGAGCUCAACCGGGAGCUCGCCGGGCAGGAGGCCUGGUAUCUCCGCCCGGAGAACGCUGGCUUCGCUGCCCGGGAGCGCGAGUGGAGCAAGAGGAACUGCCGUCUUCUACGGCACCAAGAUCCAUCCACGCACUACUCGGACGAGAACGUCGAGAGAAGUGUAGAAACCCUUCUUCGCCUCGGCCAGCAUCGGACCCUUCUCCCCAAGCUGGCCCCUGGAGUGGCAGAGCUUCCUUCUUCGCCUGUCGAUGACAGCGGUGCCUCUUCAGACUUCGAGUGUCUCUUCACGCUCCCGCAGACCAUGAGCUGGGCACAGGCACCAUAGAAGCCCGAAGUUGUCGGCCGUUUGGGAUGGCUGCCGCUCCUUGUGCAUCGUUUUACUCUUGAGGAUGAGCGAUCGCGAUCGUCUACCGGAUCUUGGUCCAAGGACAUGCGCGAGGAGACGUCGCACUAUGUGUCGGACUGGCCAUAUCGCUAUACUGGAUAGUCGUAUCGACGGCGCAUGGCGAAACCGGCAACUGGAUGAGUUCGAAUGGUGCUGGAGGUACC